AUGUCUGCUGAAGAUCCAUUCAACUUGUAUAGCGAACCUGACCCCGUUGCUCCUGUGAGCAAGAAAAAGGGGAGCAGGCAACAUCGUGGAGAAAGCAACAACAACCCUCCGAUGAAAAAGACUCGGACAGAGGAUCCUCCAAUACUAGUUCCUUCUAAGGAAACAACACCUCCUCCAGCUCCCGUCGACCAGCCGUCGCCACCAGCUCCCAUGGACCAGACUCUUCCUCCAACGCCUGCCGACCAAACUCCUCCAACUCCCACUGACCAGACACCUCCUAAUCAGACAGGAGAGGCUCUGAUGAACAUGGCUCUCAUCUCGGCCAAAGAUAGGCUGACAAAGCUAUUGAGGCACCAACACAGCCGAGAGGCCAUCAGCAACACUGACUCCAUGGAAGUCGAGCAGAUCUUCAAUCGUGCAUUGAACGAAGUGCCCAGCGGAGUUCUAACCAUGAGUGCUGGCUGGCGCUGCUCGGGGGCAUUGAUUGCUCAAUACGAGAAGAGGCUUGGUGAACAGCUCAGAGCGUCUGAGGAUAAACAUGCUGAGGAACUCAAGACGGCUGAGGCCAAAUACAAUGAGCAGCUCGAGGUAGUCGAGAAGAAAAAUGCUGAAUUAUUCGAACAGAAGGCCAAGCUGGCUGAAGAGCUGAAGCAGUACCAGGAUGCCUUGACCAAAGCCAUUGAAACUAAAGAGAAGUACAAGGAGGCUUCUUUGAUUAAUUUCAAGGAAGCCUCUAAGCUUCAAGUUGAUAUGGUCAUCAGCAGAAAGGAGACUAAGGGGUUGGAGGAACACGUGAAAGAGCUCGAGGAGACCAAUGCCAGUAAUCUGGAGAAGUACAAGGGAACCACUUUUAAAUGCUUCUAUAUGUUCUGGAAGAAUAACUGCAGGGCGGACUUCAGCUAUCUACCAGACCGUAUGAGGUAG